AUGACCACGUUGAACACAACCUCUGGAGGGUCCACGACUGGAAGAGAAGAGUUUUCUGGCGAAGUGUAUGAAUGGAUCAUCCAUACAUUAACUGCCUUCAUCUGCCUUUGUGGACUGGUGGGGAACGGAAAGGUCAUCUGGAUCCUCCGCUUGUGCACUCAGAGGAGAUAUUUCGUGAUUUACAUCUUGAACUUGGCCAUCGCGGACUUUGGCACCCUUGUGGCUUUGUUGAUUCGAGAGACCAGCCUCCCCUUCCAUAAACCACAAACGCUUACCCUCUCCAUCCUGUAUUCGCUCUUUUUCUUCACGCAUAGCGCCAGCUUGUAUCUCCUCACAGCCAUCAGCAUGGAGCGGUGCCUCUCAGUCCUGUCUCCGAUCUGGUAUCAGCGCCACCGAACAGGUUACGCUUCCACUUCCGUCUCGUUCCUCCUCUGGGCCUUCGCGGGCCUUCUUUCCGGAGGGUUGUUAUUGUUUUGCACCGUUGUGUCCUUUGAGACAUACAAAAUGGCAGUCAGCGUGAUCUGCGGCGUGAACGUGCUGAUUUUCACGCCCCUCAUGGUGGCUUCCACUCUGACACUGUUCACGAAGAUCUACUGUUACUCACAGGGACAUCCGCUGCCUAGGGUCUACUCGGCUAUCUUGGUCACGCUCCUGUGCUUCAUAAUCUUUGCCAUCCCACUGAGUGCUGUCCACAUCAUCUUAAUCUACAGUAAACAUUACUCGCGGGCGGCUUUAGAAAUAUCUGUCCUCUCUGCCUCUUUCAACAGCAGCAUUAACCCCCUCAUUUACUACUACAUCGGGAGAGAUGGGAAUAAUUGGUGUAAGGAGUCCUUGAAGGCUGUGCUCCAAAGGGUUUUCAAGGAGGACACAGAUUCAAGGACAACAGGGUCCCUGGUCUGA